CUUUCAUGAUGGGAACUCAUGAGGUGAAAAACAUAAGAUUUAUCGUAAAGCAGUCUUUCGAGGGGUACGGAAAGCCAGAAGCCCUCCAAUAUGAAAUCCAAUUAUUACAGAGAUUAGCAGGAGCACCACAUAUCAUGCAACUCUUCGCAAUUCGGGACAACCCACUCCUUCGGGCCGGCAUCGGGCCAGUUCUCAUAGUGGAGAACCUCCGGGGCGGGACACUCAAUCGAUUCUUGAAGCAAUUAGACGAACUGCAAAUAGAGUUGCCGAAUAGAGUCUUGUGGGCGAUACUGUUAUGCCUUGUUCGUGCCAUCGCGGCGAUGGCAUGGCCCGAUACCAUGCCGAAGGAGACAGCACAUCCGAGUGUACCGAAGACGCAACUUGCUCACUUCGAUAUGAAUCCUAAAAAUAUUAUGUUUGGCGAGUUUGACCCAAUUAAUCAUCGAAAAUUCCCAAUAGUAAAGUUGAUAGAUUUUGGGAUUACCCACGAACAUCCCCCAAUGGGGAAUCCGCCUGUUGAGGACCCUGGAGUUAGACGGAAUUUAUUUGACAUCGGUAGGAUGAUGCAUCUCCUAAUAACAGGUCAAGAACCUGGGAGGGAGAGUGAGAACAUGGAGGUUCACGCCCAAGGAGUUCACCUAUGGCUAGAUUCGUAUGCGACCGGCCUUCCACCGUCACAACCAGCAGGGAUGAAUUCUCUAGACCCAGAUUUAAGGGAUUCCGUUGUAUACUGCUUAGCAGCCAACCCUCACCAACGGCCUCUGCUCGAAAGUUUCCUUCCAUUCGUUGCUGAACAGGUUGAAACGAGAACAGCCGAGGUUUACAAAGACUUCCCUAAUGCGGCAUAUGAAGAGGACCAGGCCAUCGUCGAACUUGUCGAUAUGACGAUUCUGGUUCCUGAAGAACCUGUCGAAAUCUUGUAGUAGCCUGAUAUCUUCGAGAAAAAUUAGGGCGAGGAAUGAUGUUGAUAAUUCGUUACAGGGGACGUCCUGUUGUUGACAAAUCUUUUGUGUAUUUCAAACCUUCUACAUUAACGGCAUUUAAUAUCACCGUCAGAACCAUCUAAAUAUCUAUC